CUGCACUGCACAGCCUGAAGUAAUUCGUUAUAUUAAAAGAAAAACAGGUUUUAGGUGACACACACGUGUAAGGGAAGUUGUCUGCAAAUGUUUUAAACAGGUGUGCAAAUGUAACGUUAAUAUUUUUUUUUUUUACUAAGAUAGCAGAAGAGUUUUACAAAAAUUCAAAACAAAUAAAUAAGUUAGCCGUGCAAGACGUUUGUGUACCUCCCUGCUGUGGUGUGUGAAGGGGAAACCGCAGGCGCUGUCCAAGGUAGUAAAGACAAAAAAAGUAAAAUGCCGCUUGAAAAGGGUUUGCAUAGAAGCUACACAAUAAUCCACUGUUUUGUUCUUGUUGAGCUGGUGAUAAUGGCAGGGACUGUCAUGCUGGCUUAUUACUUCGAGUACACCGACACUUUCAACGUACACGUUCAAGGAUUUUUCUGUUAUGACAGCUCGUACACCAAGCCCUAUCCAGGACCCGAGGAAAUAAGUGCGAUCCCUCCAGCCCUCCUGUAUUCAGUGGUUGCAGGAGUCCCAACUCUGGUUAUCUUUAUUACAGAAUGCGUGGUGUUUUUCCUUCAGAUUGCCACAAAAGAUUUUGAAAACCGUGAAAAGACAAUAGUAACUGGAGAUUGCUGUUACCUGAACCCACUGGUGCGCAGGACCGUCAGGUUUCUUGGAGUAUAUACAUUUGGACUUUUUGCCACUGAUAUUUUUGUAAACGCUGGGCAAGUGGUGACAGGGAACCUUGCACCUCACUUCCUUACAGUGUGCAAACCUAAUUAUACAAACCUAGGCUGCCAGCAGGCCAUUCGAUUUAUCAGCAACCAGGAGGCCUGUACUGGCAAUGUGGAUGACAUCAUUAGAGCCAGAAAAACCUUCCCCUCCAAAGAGGCAGCUCUCAGCGUUUACGCUGCGCUCUACCUGGCUAUGUACAUCACUAGUACAAUGAAAGCCAAAGGCUCAAGACUCGCAAAGCCUGUGCUGUGUCUGGGUCUGAUGUGUAUGGCGUUUCUCACUGGAGUGAACAGAGUAGCUGAAUACCGGAACCACUGGUCUGAUGUGAUUGCAGGAUUUAUAAUCGCCAUGGCAAUAGCAACCUUCCUGGUGGUGUGUGUGGUGCACAACUUCAAGCAAAGGCAUUCAGAAAGUGAAAAAACUCAGGUGGACAGUCUGCGCAAUAUACCUAUGAUCGACCUCCCAAGAAUAGAAAGCCCAAUGCAGAAAUAUCCGCCAGCAGUACAGAAUCACAUCACCUUUGCCGAAGUCACAUGACGUUGAAGCAGACGUCCGUUCCACACAUUGGACAUCCUCCCUCUUCACCGUUCAGUCAUCAUAAUUGGAGUGAAAUACUUAACCUGAGAGUAUCUAAUUGUUUAUGAUCAUGGAAUCUUCAAACAUAUGAGCAAACAAUCUCUCAAAUACAAACAGAAAGCUGAAAAGCACCAAAGGAGCUUUUAACUGCUUUUAACCAGUUGUCUACAGAAUCAUUGACUUUCAUCUAAAUGUAUUGCCCAGCCCCAAAACAGCAAAUGUUGUAUAACACUACUAUACUUUUAGUUAAAUUCAUUUAUUUAUUUUACAGUGUGCACAACAUGUGGACAUACAUAUUAAAAUAUAGUGUGUACUACAUUUAAUUAGAUAUAUCUUAAAAAAAGACUUGUUUACGUUCAUGUAACACUUGGGUGAUCGUAACACAUGGUUCUGUGUGAGGUCACAUUUUUUUUAUCAAACUGGCUGCAUUUUACACAGCAUACAGUAACAUCAACUUUUGCUUUCAAUGGAUGUUCUGUUUAAGCAUAGUAACAAAUACAUAACGUAUAGUUACUGCAUAAGCUAUGCAAGAAUAUGGACAUUCUUAAAGUUAUACUUUGAAUUUUGAAAAUAAAAAUGGAAAAGAACUAGGAAAAAAAAACAAAAAAACUGUGCUUUCAAUCAACACCAACAAGGCUUCUGUGUAGUUUGAUAAGCAGAGAACUUGAAAUGAAUUUACACACACACACAAACAUAUUUCUUUAAAGGGAUUAUUAUAAAAAAUAAAAACAAAUCUCACAUUUCUCCAGAAAGGGCAUAUAAAAAUGAUUCUUAAAUAAUGCAAUGUUAUCCUGUUAUAUCUGUAGCAUGUGUCUACCUGUUGCUGAUUUCGCUUGAUUCGAAUGUUUUUAUUUGGUCUUUGUUCUUUUGAAGUCGAUCAUGUUUCACGUCAAGUGACAUACCCCAAUCAGGCACAUAAACCUCCUAAAAAGCUUAACUUGCAACUUGAUAGUAGAAAUACACUAUUAGAAAUGCAUUGCAUAAGGUUUAUAUGGAUGCAGCUUGUUUCUUAGCAUAUGAUAUUUUGAAAAUGGGUCCUUUGUUGUUAAGCUUCUUAAGAAUAUUACACAACACAAAACCAAAUUAUCUUGAUAUUAUAAUAUUAACCUGCAAAGCAAUAACACAAUUUAAUUUGCUUCUGUCCUAAUUAUGUAAACAAAUGCAGGAUUUAGCUGAGUUUAUAGGCUAUCAGAAUUCCUUGAGGGGUUGGUUGACAAGGAAUAUUAUCUCUUUAAUUAAACAUAUCUCACUAGGUGGGAAAUAGGAUGAGGACUAUUACUUCAUUUGCUUUAUGGGAUCAUUCUAAGUCUAAUCCUUUCUGGUCCUGUUGCUGUAUAGUGUAGUUCAAGUUAAGUACAUAUUAUAAUUAUAACAUUAUAUGCAGGGAUUUAAAAAAAAUGCUUUUGCAAUUGUGUCACUCCAUAUAAAAGUCUUUGUUUACAGAAAAUUACUGGUAAUUUAAUGGUGGUGGUAGUCGUGAAUAUAAAUCAUGGAUUAUGUGGCAUCUUGUAAUUAUGUUCUUCUGUGAACAGUUUUACCUUCUCUUAUAAAUGUUGUAUUGAGACAGCUAAAGCAAUAAUUGAAAGUUGAACAGCUUGUAUUUGAAUCUUUAAUGAUUUUUGUUAGUAGCUCAAAGCAUCCUUGCAACCUGUUCAGUAACUUUGAAUAGCUUAGUUUUGUAGCAUCUUCUGAAUAUUGUUUUCUUAAAUUAUUUAAAACUUCACUGUAUAAUUACUGGACUUCAAGAUUUUUUUUCCGCUGCUGUUUGUAUGGUAUGUGUUUUGGUCCUCAAUUAUCGUUCAUUCAAUAUGAUCCUUUACUCUAAAAUUAUUCUCAAUCUUACUGUUAGUUUUUUACACUGUAGAUAAUAAAUGGAUAGUCCAUAGUUUC